AUGUCGUCCUACCGAGUCUCAGUCCCAGAGGAGAACCUCCUGACUCUCAAGAUCAAGCUGGCCCAAGCCGAAUUCCCAGAUGAACUCGAAGACGCACGCCGAGACUUAGGACCACCGUUAGCAGAAAUCCAACGUCUGGUGCACGUCUGGAAGACAAAAUUCGACUGGCGACUUCAAGAAGCGAAGCUGAACGAACUCCCAAAUUUCCACCAACAAAUUUCCAUCUCCAACUUCGGAUCCCUCGACAUCCACUACCUGCACGCCCCCUCCGAAAGCCCCAAUGCAAUCCCCCUCCUCUUCGUCCACGGCUGGCCCGGCUCCUACAUCGAAGUGCAAAAAAUGCUCAACGCCCUCCGAACAGGCCGCAACGGCGUCGCCUUCCACGUCGUAGCCCCCUCCCUCCCCAACUUCGGCUGGUCCCAAGGCCCUAAGAAAACAGGCUUCGGUCUAGCACAAUACGCCGAAACCUGUGACAAACUCAUGCAAGCACUGGGCUACAAAGAAUACGUCACUCAAGGCGGAGACUGGGGGUUCAUGAUCACACGUACCAUGGGCCUCUUGUACCCCGAACGCGUCAAAGCUUCCCACAUAAAUCUCGUGAGAGGCCACAAACCGUCUUGGACGAAACAUCCCAUUCUCGCACUCCAGAAUGCCUUGACGCCGUUUUCGGAAGCCGACAGGAAAGGUUUCGAGCGCUCGAAUUGGUUUCUGACCGAAGGGUCGGGAUACCGUACGAUUCAAAGCACGAAGCCUCAGACGGUAGGGUAUGGAUUGCACGACAGUCCUGUGGCGCUUUUAGCCUGGAUUUACGAGAAAUUGGUCGACUGGACGGAUUCGUAUGCGUGGACGGACGAUGAGAUUUUGACGUGGGUUUCGAUUUAUUACUUCUCGACAGCCGGUCCUGCGGCGAGUUUGAGGAUUUACUACGAAGCUACUCAUCCCAAAGGUCCUGAUGCUGUGAAUCGUACGAGGACGGAGGAGUGGAUUCCGUACGUGAAGUUGGGAUUGUGUCACAGUCCGAGGGAGAUUUCUGUGACGCCGAGCAUUUGGGCUCAUACCCUUGGUCCUGUAGCUUACGAGAGUCGGAAGACGAGAGGUGGUCAUUUUGCCGCUCACGAGAUUCCGGAGGAGAUCAUGAAGGAUUUGUUCACAAUGUUUGGGAAAGGUGGGAAGUGUUAUAAGAUUAUUGCGGCCAAGCCGAAACUGUGA